AUGAACUUCCAACCGGUGAGUACAAGUUUCUCUCUGUCGUAAAGUUGCUUAUGGUGAGGUAUUGUUGAGUAUCUGUUAAAAUCUGAUGUAUAGAUUUAAAUAGAGCUGCAUUGAUUAGUCAACGUCAACAAAAAUCGAUAAUUAAAAAAAGUCGACAAUGAAUUCUAUUGUCACACAUAUGCAAUUGUGUCUCCACUGAGCAGCAGGGUAUUCAAACAUGGCGGCACCGGCGUCUAGUACAGCUACGUGUACCUGCUUAAAAACCGCCAAAGAUUUGGAGCACUUUAGUCAAGAUAAGGUGAAAAUGUUAAAUUUAAGAAAAAAUUAUCAUUAUCCGAUUACUCCACUUAUAGUUUCAAUAGUUGGUGACUAGUGGACUAUUAAAAAAGUUGUUAGUUGCAGCCCUAGGUAUAAAUCAAGCGACUAUGCUUCGGUGACAUCGGCCAUUUGUUGGUGAAUUGGGUUUUGAGGCUCAAUGGCGCCAUGCUGGUUAUGCUAAGCUAACCUACCAGCCCCUUCGCUUCCUCACAAAUAGACCUUAAUAUCUUCAAAAUUAAAGUGGUGUAGCAGAUGUUGUGGAAGCCCAGAGCUAUAUAGAUCUGGCUUUUUAAUGUGUUUGUUUUUGCUCUAGGAACAGGCUUUGGGUGCUUCUGCUGCCAGCCUUUAGCCUCAAGUGGCCACUCAAGGAACUGCAGUUUUUGGCACUUAGUAAUUGGCUUCAUUUCUUAAGACUGGAGGUCGCUGCUUAGCUUGGACGAGGCAUGACCACGCACGUCUGUUACUCAAACUACGAGAAAUUAAAAUGAACAAAUUCAAGUUUUAAAAAAAAAUCUUCUCUAAAGCUCUAAUCAAAAGCUGUAAAGUUCAAGAAAACUGUGUAAAAAGUAAAACUAAGCAGUAAAAACCCAGACAGUUAUUAGUUUUCAAUUCAACAUCAACAGCCAAACAAUUCAACCUUUCACUUUUAAUGGUUUCCAGUAAAUCGUUAGUGGAAACAGCCCAACUGCUAUAGGUAAAUAACUUAAACAGAUGCCUUUUAAAUGGCAAAGUGAAAAUACAUACAGCGAUUAAUGACUUCAUUAGCCUGCUGCUGUUCUAAUUAUUACAUCAAUAGUGCUCAUUAAACGAUUUUGACCUCCAGAUGGACAUUCUCUGUCUUCCCCUGUCACUUCUUUCACUCUUCUUUUUCGUCUCAGUCCAUCCACCGCCACUCCAUCUGCAUGCGAAAGUUAAAAUUCCUUGACAACACUGCAGCGCUGGAAACUGACAGCUCAUUAGGACUCUCAAAAUUGAGUUCACUUCUUUGUGAUCUAUUAAUCUAUUCUGUGCUUCUGCCUGACCACAGUCAUUUCUCCUUUCAUUAGCCCGAACAAUAGCCCCACCGCCACAGAAUUCAUUACACACAGUUAAAUACAGAUCCUUAGGGCCCAUUUAAUUCACUUUCAUUAUUAACAUUACUAUUAGUAUUAAUAUUCUUAAGUAAAAAAAAAAAAGGCUGCUGUGAUGUUGUGUGUCGCUGAAUUGAAAUGUUAAUCCAGCCUUUCAGCAGGUGCUUUCGUUCCUCUCACUGGAGGUGAUCGCUCGCUUUCUCUGGAGCGGCUGAAACAAACUGUCACAGCCGAACAGAAACAAAAAUUUGACUAAAGAAAAUCAUUUUUGUUUCAUGAAUUAAGUUAUGGGCUUUAAUAUUCACAAGAAAAAAAAAAAAAGUAUAAUGGUGACAGAUUACAGACAGUGUGUUGACUCCGAGCGCAGGUUUAAAGGACUGACUGAGUUUUGUUGAAGCUAAAAGUUAAAUAUUAAAGUCUCGGCUCAUUUUUACAGUUAUUUAAAAAUCAAAACACACCACUAUGUACUUAAAGCUACAGUAAGGUGCUGCCCCUUUAGAGAGCAGGGGGGAUUGUUUACUCUGCCGUGCCGUCUGUCCCUUUAGACUUGCAGAAGUUUCUUUCCACAGACACGCAGGUUGAAGUGAAGUUGUUUGUUUUUGCUCAAUCAUUUUUCUCAUCUGUACCCUGGAAUGCCUUUGUCUGUGAGUAUUGGACAUUACUGUGUUGAACUUAGCUGUUAAAGUUUCAAAAACAGUUCAUAAUUCAUGUAGGAUAACUUUCGGACAGAGCGAUACAAAUGCGCUAGCCUGUCAAUGGCAUUUCCACUCUAACGUUAGCAUUACACUAACCAGCAAUUGUUCAUUGGUGUUCAGUUUGUAAAAAAAUUAAACUUCUUUAUGAGGAUUUGUAUUGUAUAAGGUACCUUUGUCUGUGAGUACUGGUUGUUACUGUGUUGAAAUUACCCGUUAAAAUGUCAAAAGCAGUUCAUAAUUCAUGUGAGAAAACUUAGCGAUGCUAAUGCGCUAGCCUGUCAAUGGCAUUUCCAACGUAAUGUUAGCAUUAAGCUAAUCGGCGAUUAUUCGCUGGUGUAAAGUUUUUGACUGAAAUGAACAGUGAUGUAUUUCUCUGAUGCAUUAAAGCAAAAGAGAACAUAAACAACCCUAUUGGCAAUUUCAAAACUGUUAUUUUUAACACCUGAAAUUGCUGUGAAAGGGUAGGUACACUGAAGAAAUAGCCUUUGUUACUUUCACUACUACAGUAACUUAUACAGAGUUAUAAAAUUCACAGUGACAAGGAAACAUGAGGAGAUUUUGUGUCGAUUAACACACUUUCACAAUGACAAGAAGAAAUCGUAGUAGUCAGGAAACUCCUCACAAGAGCUUAAAAUGGUUUACCUUUACUUUAUGCAGGUUAAUAAUAAAACAAUGUUCCUCUUCAAAGCUUCUGUAAGGAGUUUUUGGCAUUAAAUGUAUCUUGUUGCCUUUUAAUGAUGUACAAAAUCAAACAAAACCAAUAUCAACUAUACUUUAGAUUUUAUAUCCUAAUUUUAUUAUCUAACACCAGUGCAAGCCUUGCAGACGAGAAAACAGCCCAAGUUUUAGAGUUUCCAAAUAAGACGCCACCAUAAAUGAUCAAUGUGACUGUCAAAAGUCAACAAAAUGAGAUUUGUUGAUAUGAAUCACAACUCAGGCAAGACAAUCUAAGACUGUUUUGACCACAGGGGGCGCCAAAGUCAACACAAAUCAAAAGUUCCUCACAGGAGCUUUAAAGAUUUUAAAUAUGGCCACCUCAUGCUUAUGGUAACACAAUCAACAGUCUAACAGUCUUACUCUUUUCUGAUAUAUCUCAUACAUAAGGCUGUUGUUGUGUUUCUCCCUGAUGAACUUUGUACAUAUUGAACAUGUUGCCCUGCUCUUGCUUGCGCACACUGUAAAAUCUUUAAAAGGAAAACACACUUUUGGCAUCCCUUUCGGCAUCCUGGCAGGAACUAUAGCUGAACGAGACAGCAUGCGAAUGUGUGAACAAGUAAACACACAUGCCAGCCUUUGGUCAAACAGAAUAAAUUAUAAUGGCACAGACGCAUCAAUCCAAUCAGUGAAUAUGUCUGAGGACUCGUCUCCAACUCCUGCCCAGUGUGAGUCCAAGCCCAGGCACAAAUACUCCAGUCAAAAUGAUUUUAUAUAAAUAUAUUACACAGAUAUAUCCACCAUUAAAGAAAACAUCUGAGAGUAAACAGUUAAUCAAUUCAGUAUGAGUGGAUAUCUAAAGCUCUUUCUAAUUACCGUUAAUAAGAUUGCCAAAAAGUUACUGAAAAUGACCAAUAAGGAAAAGUCGCCAAGAAAGCAAGUUAAAUUCUCCCACUUCUCUACACCCACUCGUGGCUGUGGGUUGUGUAAAAGGUAAGAUAAGAAAAAUUUUAUUACAGAGUUUUGACUUUCUUCCAAUCUGUAUGUUAAUUCCAAUAUAACUCAGUGUACUAGACCCAGAGCACGAUCGUUACACUAUUUUAAGAGGUGAAAACUGUACAUUUCUUUUAACCCGUUGCUGCUGAAUAAUGUAAAACUAUUUCUCCACCGAGCAGGUUGGACACAGUGUGUGAGCUCAUUAGUGCUCACGCCGUCCCUGAAACUGUUCCCUAAAGUUGUCCCAGUAAUUAAUAUGACCUUUGGAGACCUCACCGAGUCCUCUUUAAUCACUUCUUGAAUCCUGCUUUUUAUUGUCAAAUGCUUUUUAAUCACUUGUUUUAAUUCUAAUUCUAUUUCUCGGUCCAUCUACAUUCAUGUCAGGGCCUCUGGUGGUAGCUGAUGCCUUAAAGUACGACAAUCAACAUGCACAGAUAAGAUAGUGGAAAUUAUUUAAAUUAGAAAAUAACUAUCAGAUAUGUAGAUUUCUUCUUAUAUCAGUAAUGCCCACACUCAAACUUAAAUGGAGCUCUUAACAACAACUGACCAAGUUAAAUUAUUCCCAAAUCCUCUUAAGGCUGAAAAUAAAACACAACAAAUAGCCAACUAUGUCAAACAAAUACCAUAAACUCUAAAGUGGUUCGUAUUGAUUGGUAUUAGAGUGGUUCUGCUCAUUUAGGGUUGGUGCUUCUCAUUCUGGACACCCCAAGUUUUGGCUCUGGUGGGUCUAGAAGUUGACUGGUCACUUUCAAAACUGCAACUCAACAACUCUUGUGUUAAUCUGUGAAUCCCCAGCCCUGAAGUUUGGGACUCAUAAAAAUGGGAUUUGGGGUGUAAUGAGUUUGCUAAAGCUGCCACGAGCUUUAUAUCCAAGAUCUGCAAACACAAUCUGUGAAUGCAGGCGGUAAAGACGUGCAAGGUGAGGUUAGGCAGUUAUUGCAGUUAUUUACAGCUCCGCCAUGAUUACUGUAGUGAUAUUAUGGUUAUACAUGCACAGAAAUAAGAUUGUUUAAACAAUACCAAUGCUGUUUUUUCUUGGCUUAAUGAUUAUACUUCCAUUAGAAAGCCUUAAUUUCUUUAUCAACAAGAAGCAGUCAACACAUGCUGGAAACAAAGCAAGGUGGCGCCACAUUUUAGUAGUUUAUCCACCCCAGCAGAGCAAGGAAGCAUAAAUCUUGGCAAAACAGUGGUUCUGUCUAGACCUUGCAACUCUCAAACUCACUCUAGGUCACGCUAGUCGCUUUCAAGAUGGUGAAAUCAGAUGUCUUGGGGGUUUGAAAGAGCUACACGACUGCAUAUAAACUGCCCAUUGCUGAACACAAUGGUACGGUAGUCUUCACAGUUUAAACUCUUUUAAACCCUUUUAAAAAACAAUAAAUGUAUUCUGGUUUCAACAGUAUUUUAAAGAUUUUCUCUCAUGUCCUCUUAUUGCUUCUACCCAUUCAGUAUUUUUUUUUUACUUUUAAUCAAUUUCAUUUACUGUUUUUGUCUUUUUUUACUUGUUACUUUCUAUUUCCUGUCUAACUUUACUACAUUUUGGUCUUCUUGGACGAGGUUCAUGUUGUCUGUUUCUUUGUCUGAGCAAUUGCAUUCCUGUUCUUGCCAAUGCUCCAUGCCACACAUGUGUCAUGGCUGUCCAAGCUCCAUCCCAGAAGUGUCUCUCCGCUAAAGAUACACGGCGAGUUCAGUUUCAACACAGCCUGCACCCAGCAUUACUCCAAACGGAAAUCAACCUAGACAGGAUGUUAAGCCCCAUAUGCCGACCCAUGACUGUUUAUUAUUUCACAUUGAUGACAAAUUGGUUAUGUAUUUCCUGUGAAAACAGACUUCAUGACCUAUCCCUGACUCAUGUGGACCACAACAGGACUUUCAGAUGCUUAAUUUGUCUGAAAGUAACAACACAAAAAAGUGGAGCGUAAUUUACUCAACUGAACAACCAUUGAAUUAAAACUUUAAAAUCACAUUGCUUGUUCACCAACGGUAAAGCACAACACUCACAUAAAAAAAAAUCUAAGUGAGCAGGAAAUCAACGUGGCAGAUAAAAGCUGCACUUAACAGUUUAUAAGAAAAAGUACAGCUCUAAUUAGACCUGACGAUCAGCAGUUUAAUAAAGUCAUGUUAAGAGAAUUGCUCCCAAGUGUUCGCAAGUCACGUCAGUGUCUCAAGUGUUGUGCCACAUGGGGCUAAAAUCUACAUUCGGUAAUUACUGUACGAGAAUUUCCUGUGAAAAAAAAACAAGUUCAGACAUGCUGCAAAUACAAACACCUGAUGCAACUUCAAGCUGAAGCCUCUCAAGUAGAUAAAAUAUCUUCGUUUCAGCUUCUGCGACUUCAACCUCUUUGAAUCUCCCUCACUCUCGUAAGAUGCGGGCCGUGACACAUCUUACAUCAAAGUUACACAUCCAAAAAUAACAUUUAAUUUAUGAAUAAUGUCACAUCUCUCUCUGACGAUGAUACAUAUCCCCCAUCACCUCGUCGUCAUGGUCACACUGUUUCAUAUGCAUGGUGUGAGUCAGCUGAGAAGUGUGUGGGUCAUUUUGAGUCAGACCAGAUGGAUAGUAAGCUAAACAUACGCAGACAGGCCAUUAAAGCUCUGUAUAUAAAGGCAGACAAGAUCAGGAAGAUGAAACCAUCACUCUGAACAUGUGAGCGUGGCUGAUCCUGGAGCACCUGGGAUAUUCAGCCGGGUUAAAAAGGAGCUGUUUCUCUCAGCAGCAAGGCAGACACAGUCGAAUAUUCAAACACAGCACACCAUUUCUUAAUAAAGCCGCAGAAGCUGAUGGAAACAAAUGGACAAGGCAGACAUGGUUGACCAGCUUGUGAACUUCGUGCUGAGCCUUAACAACGGAGCGAAAACUGAAGCUGUGAUGCAAAGAAUCACUGACAGCCAGACUCAGAUCAUUCAGCUGCGGCUCGUUCAUUCAUUUUCACAGCGAGAAAACUGAAAGAGCAUCCUCCAUAUUCAUGCAGAAGACACGCUCGGGGUUGGGAGUGAAAACAUUGAAAUGAUUUUGCACUAAAAUAUUCCUGGUUGUUGGUCAAAAAAACGUUAGAUAUCUGAUCUUUUUAAUUGUUUUUUAAGAGAUCAUGAACUUUUAGUUUAAACUGUUAAAAAGUGCAUUCUUGUUUUUAUUUAAAAGCCCAAAGUUCAGAGCGAGAUUCAGAAAAAGAAAUACUGAUACUGAUACUGAUUCAACACUGAGGAGCUGUUAAAUGGGUCAGGCAGAACAGAUACUUGUAUUGAUUUGAAGCAGACAUUCGUAGCGAUGGAAAGUCCGUAACGGUUCCUUCCACUGUAACUCCUUUACUCUGAUGUAGUGAUGUGUCGGUCACGAACGAACUGAUUCAAUGAGCCAGCUCUUUGGCAUGAACGGUGGGAGCUGGUUUCCCUCUGUGAAACGCCAAAUGAUCUGGUUCACUAAAAAAAAGAGCCAUAAUUUCCAUCACUACUGUGAUGAUUAAACAUGUUUACAGCCUUAUUGAAAAACCUGUCUCGUUAUUUUCUGUAGUUGUUAAGAUUGCGGGACUGAGGAAUCAGAGGCUCACCUGACUUGACUAUCAGGCAGGCACACUGUAACCCUUUGAAAAGUUGUGUCUGCCACCGAAUAUGGCGACUGCCACCGAUUAGCUUCAAAACUCCACUCCAGAAACCAAUGAGUUACGUCACUGAUGCUUCGUCAUGUUAUUAUACAGUCUGUGUGUGUGCGCCAACUUCUGAGUUCUUUCUGAGCUGAAAAGUCAACAAUUCUCAAACUACAGACAAAAAUAUUGCCGAUGAAACUGUUGCUGCUGUAGACUUUGAGUAAAUCAUUUGACCAUGUAGUAGAUUUCUAAUUCACGGUUAUAUUAGUAGCUGCUGCUGUUGACUGUUACGAGUGAGAUAUCUUGAAAUGAUUUUCUCAGGAUUUUCACUGGCAAUUAUCUGUGAAGCUGCUGAUGAUUUUUAAAGUGGCUAUUUCGGCUGACUUAAUAUCUUUACAUUAUCGGAGCCUCUUACCCUGGAAAAUGGCUGCUGUGUAAACAUGGUCAGCAGGGAUGGAGGGCUGUGUGCGCUUCGACUGAAAGACACACAGAGACUAACAUCUGAGUAAAAUACUUUGUUGUAAACUCUUGUUGUUUACAGGGCGGUAAAAUUAAUUCUGUUCAUAUGGGGCAGACACAACAAAAGCAUCGUUCCUAAGUUCCUAAGUCACCUGUUGAAAGUGAGCCCAAUUUUUAAUUGCUUUGCAUCUCUGGAGACAUCAUCUUAGGGCCUCUGGUUUUCGAGAUGUUUAAAUCUCAUUUACUUAGGCGCUCGGUUAUUUCACCAGGGGCAGGUAUAGGUUACAAGCAGCCUGUCUGAGGCUGUUUACCGGGAACAACUUCUAAAGCUCUACAUGAAAAGGAGCUGUUGGGACUGAACCAACACGCCAAAACAAUUAGAUGCAGUGGGUGGAAAGCUGAAGUCCUGCUUUCUCUGCAGAGAAAGUUCUGUUCAAUUCCACUUAGUUUAAACAGGAUAAUAUUUUUGAGCGUUUUAACCAAGAAUUGAACAACCUUCACAAGACUGGAAGUCCUCAAAAUGUGCCCAUCUUCAACUUUUUAGUGGUAACUUUCCUCUGCAGGCUUUAGCAUCUUCUUGAAAUUCUCUUUAUGCAGCCGCUUCCUCACUUUCUCCACCUCCCUGGCCUUUUCCCCCCUCUUCUUGACAGGUACGUCAGAGAGGGUGGCAGUUGAUUGCUGCCUUUCGCCCUUUUGAUCCCCCUUCAUGGUGUAAGGCUGAGCGCUUGGAGACUGAGGUCAUCCUCAGUGGAAACCUCACCGGCGGAGGUAGAGGCGAGCAGCUCUCUGGAGGUGGAUUUCAGAGCUUAAGCAACAAGCGGAGCAGCAAGAGCAUCAGGUGGAGCAGCUUACGCAACAUGAGGAGCAGAGGUUUCCCCGGCAUGACAGGAUCAGGACAAUCUGUGACAUUAGCAGGAAGUAAAUUGGUGUAG